AUGGCCAUAUGCCCGAGCCAGUGGUGGCAGCCGGGUGAUGUGCAGAACCAACCGGUGGUGGCCGGGGAGAGGCAAGAUCCCCCUCGGCACCUGGGAGACGCGGCUGGGACUGGGCCACGUGGCCACAAUGCCUCUUACAGCCCGGCUCCAUCCCCCGGGCACCGCGGUGUGCCCGUUUCCCUGGGUGCUGACGGCGUUCGCCAGUACAGAGGUUUGUGCCAGGCCAGCUUGGCUGGGCUGCUCCUCGAUGCCCCCGGGACCGGGUGCCACCAGCUACGGCACGCGCAGGGGUUCGUGCCUGGCCGCUGGCUCUCAGUCGGCUACAGGGUGGUGCCCGCCACUCAGAAACGCCCCGCGGCCGCCCUGCCAUGCCAGCUGGCUGCCAGCCCUGCCUGGCACCUGGUCCCUGCCCGCUCCUGCCUGCACACGCCGCCGACAGGGCCCUCGCCCAAGCCCCAGCGAGCUCGGCACCCGCCUCGCACCCUGCGCCAAAGAGCCCAGCCUGACCCUUCUCCCUGCCGCAACUUUGCCGACGAUGGCGCAGACACCAAGUCUGACCCCGCACAGAAACGGUUUGCUCUUCCACCGAUGACUGAUUUAUCGCCCAUAGCUGGGCUCAUGGCACCCAACACCCCGCUGCACCGGGGACGGGCAGCGCGGAGCCAGCCAGGCCGCGAGAUCAACCGGCUCGACCUGGGCCUGACAGUGGAGGUGUGGAACAAGGGGCUCAUCUGGGACACCAUGGUGGGGACGGUGUGGAUCCCCCUCCGGACCAUCCGGCAGUCCAAUGAGGAGGGCCCUGGGGAAUGGCUCACGCUCGACUCCCAGGUCAUCAUGACCGACAACGAGAUUUCGGGCACCAAGGACCCCACUUUCCACCGUAUCCUCCUUGACACCCGCUUCGAGCUGCCGCUGGAUAUCCCCGAGGAGGAGGCCAGGUAUUGGGCCAAGAAGCUGGAGCAGCUCAAUGCCAUGCGGGACCAGGACGAUUAUGCCUUCCAGGAGGAGCAGGAAAAGCCUCUGCCCGUUCACAGCUCCCAGUGCUGCAACUGGAAUUAUUUUGGCUGGGGAGAACAGCAGAACGAUGACCCUGACAGCACGGUGGAUGACCGGGACAGCGAUUAUCGCAGUGAGACCAGCAACAGCAUCCCACCGCCGUACUACACCACCUCCCAGCCCAACGCCUCCGUCCACCAGUACCCCAUGAGGAACCAGCAGCAGAGCUCCCGUGACUCCUAUACCGACUCCAUGCAGAGCUACGAGAUGGACUACUCAGACCAGCGUCCCAUCAGACGCUAUGGUAGCAUAGACUCUGCCGCAAACGGACGCAGCGACGCUGAGUCCGCUUCCGAGUCGAGCAGGCGGACCAGCCGCCAGCCUUCCCUUGAGAGCAGGCGGUCCCUAGACCUAUCGGAUAGCCCCACAGGGAGCAGCCGCUACGCCUCGUCGGCCGAGCUGAGUCAGGGCAGCUCCCAGCUGAGCGAGGACUUCGAGAACGAGAGCCUGCGGGACUCGGAGCUGGAUGAGCGGGACGGCGACUCCUACCACUCCUGCCACAGCUCUGUCAGCUACCGCAAGGACUCGCCCCGCUGGGAGGAGGAGGACGAUGACCUCUAUCUGGAGGAGGAGGAAGAGGAGGAGGAAGAGUUUAAUGAGGACUACAGCGAGAAUGAGGAAGGCUACCCCAAGGAGGAGGAGGAGGAGGAGGACCUGCAGGAGCAGGGCACCUACAAAACCCCCGAGCACGAUGCCUACCCCCCACCGCAGAAGCCCCCUGGGCAGCAGCAGCAACAGGUCCCACAGCAGCAGCAGCAACUGCAGCAACCCCAGCUGGUCCCACAGCUGAAGUCUCAGCAGCAGGAGAGGAAGGAGGAGAGGAAGGAGGAGAAGGACAUCUCUGCCCUUCAGGAAACCCCAGAGGCCCUCCAGGCCCAGCAGGGAGCAGAUGAAGCUCCCCUGCAAGAGGCGGCCCCUGAGCCUGAGCCCCCGAAACCGGCUGAGAGGGAGCAGGCAGAGGUGGAGGUGCAGGAUCCCAAAUCACGAGCCAAAGCCAACUGGCUGAGAGCCUUCAACAAGGUCUGCAUGCAGCUGCAGGAGGCCCGCGGGGAAGGCGAUGGAGAAGCCAAAUCCCUGUGGUUCAAAGGCGGGGGGGCAGCAGUAAGGUUUCUGCGCUGCAUUAACAGCAUGCCCGACAUUAAGCCUGGACGCAAAUCUCUCCCUCUAGUCAGCGAUCUGGCAAUGUCCCUGGUCCAGUCCAGGAAAGCAGGAAUCACGUCCGCGCUGGCCUCGAGCACCUUGAACAAUGAGGAGCUGAAAAACCAUGUUUACAAGAAGACCCUGCAAGCCUUAGUGUACCCCAUCUCCUGCACGACGCCCCACAACUUUGAGGUGUGGACAGCCACCACCCCCACCUACUGCUACGAGUGCGAGGGCCUGCUCUGGGGCAUCGCCCGGCAGGGCAUGCGCUGCGCCGAGUGUGGCGUCAAGUGUCACGAGAAGUGCCAGGACCUGCUCAAUGCCGACUGCCUGCAGAGGGCGGCGGAGAAGAGCUCCAAGCACGGAGCAGAGGACCGGACCCAGAAUAUCAUCAUGGUGCUCAAGGACCGCAUGAAGAUCCGGGAGCGCAACAAGCCAGAGAUAUUUGAGCUGAUCCAGGAGGUGUUUGGGGUCACCAAGACCACGCACACGCAGCAGAUGAAGGCAGUGAAGCAGAGUGUCUUGGACGGCACCUCCAAAUGGUCAGCCAAGAUCAGCAUCACAGUUGUUUGUGCCCAGGGCCUGCAAGCAAAGGAUAAGACGGGUUCCAGUGACCCGUAUGUCACUGUCCAGGUUGGAAAGACAAAAAAAAGGACUAAAACUAUCUACGGCAAUCUCAACCCUGUCUGGGAGGAGAAUUUCCAUUUCGAGUGCCAUAACUCCUCCGACCGCAUCAAGGUCCGCGUCUGGGAUGAAGAUGACGACAUUAAGUCCCGUGUCAAGCAGCGCUUCAAGAGGGAGUCCGACGACUUCCUGGGCCAGACAAUCAUUGAGGUCCGGACCCUGAGCGGGGAGAUGGACGUCUGGUACAACCUCGACAAGCGGACAGACAAGUCGGCUGUGUCGGGAGCCAUCCGGCUGCACAUCAGCGUGGAGAUCAAAGGCGAGGAGAAGGUGGCUCCCUACCACGUACAGUACACCUGCCUGCACGAGAACCUGUUCCACUUUGUGACGGAUUUGCAAAACAACGGGGUGGUGAAGAUCCCCGACGCCAAGGGGGACGACGCCUGGAAAGUGUACUUCGAUGAGACGGCGCAGGAGAUCGUGGACGAGUUUGCCAUGCGCUAUGGGGUGGAGUCCAUCUACCAGGCCAUGACGCAUUUUGCCUGCCUUUCCUCCAAAUACAUGUGCCCUGGGGUGCCAGCGGUGAUGAGUACCCUGCUAGCCAACAUCAACGCCUACUAUGCCCACACGACGGCUUCCACCAAUGUCUCGGCCUCUGACCGCUUUGCCGCUUCCAAUUUCGGGGUAAGUCCGAUGAAGGAGCGGUUCGUCAAACUCCUCGACCAGCUGCACAACUCGCUGCGGAUUGACCUCUCCAUGUACCGGAACAACUUCCCUGCCAGCAGUCCUGAACGGCUGCAGGAUCUCAAGUCCACGGUGGAUUUGCUGACCAGCAUCACCUUCUUUCGGAUGAAGGUCCAGGAGCUGCAGAGCCCACCACGAGCCAGCCAGGUGGUGAAGGACUGCGUGAAAGCCUGCCUCAACUCCACCUACGAGUACAUCUUCAACAACUGUCACGAGCUGUACAGUCGCGAGUACCAGACGGACCCGACUAAGAAAGGCGAGGUGCCCCCUGAGGAGCAGGGCCCCAGCAUCAAAAACCUGGACUUCUGGUCCAAGCUCAUCACCCUGAUAGUCUCCAUUAUCGAGGAGGACAAGAACUCCUACACGCCCUGCCUGAACCAGUUCCCCCAGGAACUGAAUGUGGGGAAGAUCAGCGCCGAGGUGAUGUGGAACCUCUUUGCUCAGGACAUGAAGUAUGCGAUGGAGGAGCACGACAAGCACCGCCUGUGCAAAAGCGCGGACUACAUGAACCUGCACUUCAAGGUGAAGUGGCUGUACAACGAGUACGUCACCGAGCUGCCCUCCUUCAAGAGCCGCGUGCCCGAAUACCCCGCCUGGUUCGAGCCCUUCGUUAUCCAGUGGCUGGAUGAGAAUGAAGAGGUGUCACGGGAUUUCCUGCAUGGAGCGCUGGAGCGGGACAAGAAGGAUGGGUUCCAGCAGACGUCGGAGCACGCACUCUUCUCUUGCUCCGUGGUGGACGUCUUCUCCCAGCUCAACCAGAGCUUCGAGAUCAUCAAGAAACUUGAGUGCCCUGAUCCCCAGAUUGUUGGGCACUACAUGCGAAGGUUUGCCAAGACCAUCAGCAAUGUGCUACUCCAGUAUGCCGAGAUCAUCUCCAAGGAUUUUGCCUCGUACUGCUCCAAGGAGAAGGAGAAAGUGCCCUGCAUCCUGAUGAACAACAUCCAGCAGCUCCGCGUCCAGCUCGAGAAGAUGUUUGAAGCCAUGGGUGGGAAGGAGCUGGACACAGAAGCCAGUGAUAUCCUCAAGGAACUGCAGGUGAAACUUAACAACGUCCUGGAUGAGCUGAGCCGAGUCUUUGCCACCAGUUUCCAGCCACACAUCGAGGACUGCGUGAAGCAGAUGGGUGACAUCCUGGGCCAGGUGAAGGGCACUGGCAACGUCCCUGCCAGCACCUGCAGCAGCGUUGCACAGGAUGCUGACAACGUCCUGCAGCCCAUCAUGGACCUCCUGGACAGCAACCUGACACUCUUUGCCAAGAUCUGUGAGAAGACAGUGCUGAAGCGGGUGCUGAAGGAGCUCUGGAAGCUGGUGAUGAACACGAUGGAGAAGACCAUCGUCCUGCCUCCGCUCACUGACCAGACGAUGAUUGGCACGCUCUUGAGAAAACAUGGCAAGGGGACAGAGAAGAGCAGGGUGAAGCUGCCCAGUCACACUGAAGGCACACAGAUGAUUUUCAAUGCAGCCAAGGAGCUGGGGCAGCUCUCCAAGCUGAAGGACCACAUGGUGCGUGAGGAAGCCAAGAGCCUGACCCCAAAGCAAUGUGCAGUGGUGGAGCUGGCGCUGGACACCAUCAAGCAAUACUUCCAUGCUGGCGGUGUGGGGCUGAAGAAGACAUUCCUGGAGAAGAGCCCUGACCUGCAGUCGCUGCGCUACGCCCUGUCCCUCUACACCCAGGCCACUGACCUCCUCAUCAAAACCUUUGUGCAGACCCAGGCUUCGCAGGUUCAUGGUGGGAAAGGUAUUAGGUUUACCCUUAGUGAAGAAAUUUAUCCUGAGAAGGGCUCUGGUGUGGAUGACCCUGUCGGGGAGGUGUCCAUCCACGUGGAGCUCUUCACCCACCCCGGCACUGGUGAACACAAAGUCACUGUCAAAGUGGUGGCUGCGAACGACCUUAAGUGGCAGACGUCGGGCAUCUUCCGGCCCUUCAUCGAGGUCAACAUCAUCGGGCCCCACCUCAGUGACAAGAAGAGGAAAUUCGCCACCAAAUCCAAGAACAACAGCUGGGCCCCCAAGUACAAUGAGAGCUUCCAGUUCACGCUGGGGACAGAGACGGGCCCCGAGUGCUACGAGCUGCAGGUGUGCGUGAAGGAUUACUGCUUCGCCCGUGAGGACCGGACCGUGGGCAUUGCUGUCCUGCAGCUCCGUGAGAUCCUGCAGCGACCUGGCUGUGCCUGCUGGCUGCCCCUGGGCCGCCGCAUCCACAUGGAUGACACUGGCCUCACAGUCCUCCGCAUCCUCUCCCAACGCAACAAUGAUGAGGUGGCCAAGGAGUUCGUCAAGCUCAAGUCGGACACGCGCUCGGCCGAGGAGGGCAGCAGUUAAACCCCUUCCGCCCCCCCAGCCCUCUCUCCCCAC